CACUGAUUUUGUGGCUCGGCGGUCGCGAAAAAUGCGAAUGGCCUUGAAUGAUCAAGCACCGAGUGGAACUGGCAAUACUUCUGAAGCACCUGUUGUGGAUGUGAAUCGAGGAACCACCGCUUAUUUUACUUGA